AUGCAUCACAUGCAAAGUGCCCCUCACCCAUCACAUUCUCCACAACUCUUUAAUCAAGGGGCCCAUGCACAUGCACAUGUACUCACAAUGCGCCCUCGAAACCCUAUUGCUUCCAUACAUGUUAAGCGCCAACAUGGCACAAUGUCGUCACCCGGCCCCGAAGCCAUGCAGGCACAUCCCCGAGAGAAGUUGCAGGCCGCAAACUAUACGUGCCCCCAACGAAAUGAAAGAUGA